UAGGAGCUAUUAGCAGAGUGUCACAGCUGCCUUACAGAACUAGUAGCAAUUUCAAGAAACCUGUGGACUACUCUUUUGUAGCUGACUCCACAAGAAGAACUCUCUCAUCCCGUUGAAUCAUCAGAAAAUUACAGAGGUCCGAGUCAAGAUGAAAUUGAUCCUGCAGUCCGUCCUCUAUUGCUGUCUGCUGGCCACAGUAGCACACUGUGUGGAACUUGAAAUGAACCCGGAGUUGAAAAAAAGGCUGAGUGUGUGGAUAGAGAGCAGAUUGAGACGGGAUCUUAACAGCGUAUCUGCAGAGAGGAUAGCAGAGUCUGAGCAGAUUGUCAGACCAGAAGAUGUCAGGGAUACCCUGAUUCCACAUUCCAGCACCAGCAUCAAUGUCCGAACCAAAAGGUCUAAAGCUUCAGUCACCCAGUCAAAAAGGACAGGCUGCUCCCUGGGAACCUGCACGGUGCACGACCUGGCUCACCGCCUCCACCAGCUCAAUAACAAGCUCAGGAUUGGAAGUGCCCCGAUUGACAAGAUCAGCCCGCAGGGAUACGGCCGGAGGCGUCGCUCUCUCCCAGCGCGCAGAGUCACACUGAGGCUAGAGCAGGGCAAGCUGAGGCCCGUGUGGAGCAAAACCGACUCGCAAGUCCACAAGCUGGAGGCUCUCCUCAGACGGACAUGAGCGGGACUGUGCGAGAGGGGAUUUGAACAAAAGGGAGGGAGCAGCUCAGACUCUCUGCUCUGUUCAAAAAAUUCUCCAAAUGCCUCAGACUCCUGCCAAGUAUUCUCCAGCACAUUUUCCAGGCAUGAGGACUGAGUCAGAGCAAGACUAGCUGCACUGAGUUUCGCUGGGAGCUGAGCUGAGCGGCUCAGUGAUGUAAAGAGUGCAAACAGCUGGCCUACAGGCACUGGAUGGCACAGUGUGGAGCAGCUACAGGUGCUGCUCUCUGCUUGGCAGAGGGAAAGGAAGAGUGUUAAUACCUGGCCAAGUGGAGACACCUACGGUUCAAAGAGGGGAAGUCUCUUCUAACAUACCGGGACUUUACACACUUCUUCCUCAAGGCCAAGACUUUGAUAAGUUCUAUCCUCUAAGGAUUAUACUACCCCUUUCCAUCAAACUGACAGUACUUGUCUGCACUUUUCCAUUUGGACUUAAAGUCUAAUAAAUCAUCAGGAAAAGACAUCUUAAUCACAACACCAAACAGGGAGAUAGACUCAUACUGCAGAGCUUUGAAGCUUUCAGUCUAUAUCAAGUUUUUGGACACUGUAUAAGGGAAAAAUGCCUUAGAUUAUGUGAGAUAUGUGCCAGUCCACAAUGGAUUGAACUAUACUUGAAAAUGAUAUUGUUUGUAUAAACACAUGUGCAAUCUAUAUUUGUAUGUUUUUAUUGCAGGUAUGUGUAUAUAUGUCCAAAUCUGUUGAAUUCCAUUAUUUAAAUGUUAUAUAGAGGUUACAUUAAAAUACUUAAGCAGAUAGAACUAUUUUUGUACAGCAAGAAAUAUAUAUGGGCAUUGUAGCUAUUUGUCAUUAUUCCUUGCAAACUGUGGUAAUAGGAUAUCUGUUUUAUAGGUAUGUUAUAUAAUAUAUUUGUAAAUGUGUUCUAUUUUAUUUGUGUCAAAGCAAUAAACUUUGCCAUACAAUAAACAUUUUGCAUAC